CCGCGCCUCCCGGGGCCCGGCCGCCCCCCGCCCAGCCCGCCGGGCCCCGCCCCCCGCCGAGUGCAUGAGGUUGACGCUACUUUGUUGCACCUGGAGGGAAGAACGUAUGGGAGAGGAAGGAAGUGAGCUGCCCGUGUGUGCAAGCUGCAGUCAGAGGAUCUACGACGGCCAGUACCUCCAGGCCCUGGACGCUGACUGGCACGCCGACUGCUUCAGGUGCUGUGAGUGUGGUGUGGCACUGGCCCAGCAAUACUACGAGAAGGAUGGGCAGCUCUUCUGCAAGAAGGACUACUGGGCACGCCACGGCGAGUCAUGCCACGGUUGCUCCGAGCACAUCACCAAGGGGCUGGUCAUGGUGGCCGGGGAGCUGAAGUACCACCCCGAGUGCUUCGUCUGCCUCACGUGCGGCACCUUCAUCGGAGACGGGGACACAUACACGCUGGUGGAGCACUCCAAGCUGUACUGCGGGCACUGCUACUACCAGACCGUCGUGACACCUGUCAUCGAGCACGUGCUGCCCGCCUCCCCAGGAACCCACCUGCCCCAUACCGUCACCCUCGUCUCCAUCCCCGCCUCGGCGCAUGGCAAGCGAGGCCUGUCUGUGUCGAUUGACCCCCCGCACGGCACCCCCGGCUGCGGCUCAGAGCACACCCACACAGUCCGAGUGCAGGGUGUGGACCCAGGCUGCAUGAGCCCAGAUGUGAAGAAUGCCAUUCACGUAGGAGACCGGGUGCUGGAGAUCAAUGGCACACCCAUUCGCAAUGUGCCCCUGGAUGAGAUCGACUUGCUGAUCCAGGAGACCAGUCGCUUGCUGCAGCUGACACUCGAGCAUGACCCCCAUGAUACUUUGGCCCACGGCCCAGGCCCCCAGCACAGUCCCCUGGGGUCCCCGGCCCCCAUGUCCGGCAGUGAGGCGGGCAGUACCACCCGGCAGAAGUCUGUCUUGAGGAGCUGUAGCAUUGACACAUCCCCAGGGGCCGCCCCACUGGGUUCCCCACGCAAGGACAUAGGCCGCUCCGAAUCUCUCCGCUCUGUCUGCCGGCCACAUCGCAUCUUUCGCCCGUCUGACCUCAUCCACGGAGAAGUGCUGGGCAAAGGUUGCUUCGGCCAGGCUAUCAAGGUGACACACCGGGAGACGGGCGAGGUGAUGGUGAUGAAGGAGUUGAUCCGCUUUGAUGAGGAGACACAGAGAACAUUCCUCAAGGAGGUGAAGGUCAUGCGGUGCCUGGAACACCCCAAUGUGCUCAAGUUCAUCGGGGUGCUCUACAAGGACAAGAGGCUCAACUUCAUCACAGAGUACAUCAAGGGGGGCACUCUCCGGGGCAUCAUCAAGAGCAUGGACAGUCAAUACCCUUGGACCCAGAGAGUGGGCUUUGCCAAGGACAUCGCUUCCGGAAUGGCCUACCUCCACUCCAUGAACAUCAUUCACAGAGACCUCAACUCCCACAACUGCCUGGUCCGAGAGAACAAGAACGUGGUAGUAGCCGACUUCGGGCUGGCUCGCCUUAUGGUAGAUGAGAAGACACAGUCUGAAGACCUGCGCAGCCUCAAGAAGCCAGACAGGAAAAAGCGCUACACGGUGGUGGGUAACCCCUACUGGAUGGCCCCCGAGAUGAUCAAUGGCCGGAGCUAUGAUGAGAAGGUGGACGUCUUCUCCUUCGGAAUCGUCCUAUGUGAGAUCAUCGGGCGUGUGAGCGCUGACCCCGACUACCUGCCCCGCACCAUGGACUUUGGCCUCAAUGUGCGGGGCUUCCUGGACCGCUACUGCCCCCCCAGCUGCCCCCCAAGCUUCUUCCCCAUCACCGUACGCUGCUGCGACCUGGACCCCGAGAAGAGGCCCUCCUUCGUGAAGCUGGAACAGUGGCUGGAGAACCUCCGGUUGCACCUAGCGACCCGCCUGCCACUGGGCUCACAGCUGGAGCAGCUAGACCGGGCCUUCUGGGAGACGCACCGGCGCGGCGAGAGCACGCUGCCUGCCCACCCCGAGGUCCCCGACUGAGCCUGAUGCCCCCCCACCGCCACCCCUCCACCCCGUGAUUCCUCUGCAGCGUGCGGCAAGCCUGGAGCCACGGUCCCCACCCUACCUGGCCAGACCCCAGCUCGUCCCCCCACAUCCCUGGCCUCACCUUGAGGGCUGGGUGAACUGCCCUUCCCUCUUCUCCUUGCAUGAGCUGGGGGGCCCCUGUGAGCCACACCCCAUGCCCCCUCCUCCCCCACUGCUCUGCAUUCCCCUGGGGGGGGGGCUGCAGGACAGGGCACGUGGCAGGGAACUCCGGGUACUUAGAUAGCAGCCCCCCACAUCGUGGGGGUCCCCCCCCUCUUGCUCUGGGUCAUUUAGUUUCUUUAUUGAAGCCACUUCAGAGAGAAGCAGGUACCAGGCCUCAGGGAAGGACGGGUUCUGGGGGUGUCCAGGAAGCAGGCUGUGAGGGUCCACCAGCAUUGUAGACCCCCCCACACGUUCAUCUCAGUGCCCACCCGGGCCUCCCACCCCCUGCCUCUGGGUUCUUUCUGUGUAAUCUAUUUUUUAAGAAGAGUUUGUAUUAUUUUUUCAUACGGCUGCAGCAGCCGGGGGCUUGGGGGGGUCUUCUCUCGGGGGCGGGUGGGGGGCCAUUCUGUCACUUUGCCUCACUCAAGCAUCUCGGAAGUGUUAAAACUGUGAAGCCUCUCGGUGCCCUUGGACCUGGAACAUGACCAGACAGGCCCACCCGGGCAGCCGUGGCUGCUGGGCACCCCACCAGGACCCCCGUGCCUAUGCACCGCCCCCCAUGCGGUUCAAUAAAGAUUCCGUCCUCCC